GCUCCCAUCAUUAUUGUUGUUGGUGUAUUGCUAUAUAGUCUGAUAAAAAUUAUAAAAAUCAUUGCGAGCCUUGCUAACGGCGUACGCGUAACAUUAAUUUGGCCUCCCUGACCACGUAACUAAAUACCCCACGAGGUGGAAAUGAUAGCAGCCUGCAGAGCGUGUCGCAUCCAGUGAUUCACGGCGUUGACAUUGAAAAACAAAUGCAAUGCCAGUACAGUGGGCGUGAGCAGAAAGGAACAGGAGCGGGAGCAAGAGAGGAGGUAAUCCAAGGCAGCCAGCAAGGGCAAGGAUAAGGACGCGGUCGAUCGAAGCAGGGCAGGUCCCAACCGGAUUUCAAUCAUGCCGUGCGAGAGCUGCGGUGUGGAGUUCACGGUUUUUCGUCGCAAACGCGCUUGCUAUGACUGCAAACGCUAUUACUGUGCCAACUGCAUUGCGGCCAGGCGGUGCCAGCGCUGUUCAGUGUUCGCCCAGCGUCCACUAUUGCGCACGGAUCUGCUGAAACUGAAGCCCAAAGAUUUGAUAUUUUAUUUGCAGUCGAAGCACAUCUCCACGGAAGGAUGUUUGGAAAAAGAAGAGCUUGUGGGUCUGGUGCUGGCCCAUGUGGCCCAAAUGGAGCGGGGUCGCGGCUCUAAUGCUUCAUCCAAUAGUCCGGGACGUAGCCAGACCAAUCCUCUAGAUAACCUCAAACAGUCGUGCCAAAAUUUCUUCAGCAACCUGACCGAUAACCUCAGUGACUCGUUUGCCGCAUUCGAUGGCAAGGUUAACGCAAAACCCCAGGAAAACCGAAGAUCAUCACCAGACGCGCCCAAUCCCCAUAUUUUUGAGCAACCACGUGUUUCCACCCGGGAAAUACCCACAUAUGCCAGCUCCGUGAACGGAUUUGCGUACGAAUCGCAAACCUUCUUUAGCUCAGAGCGGUUACACGUAUUUACCAACGAAACACCAACACCAACCGCGACACCCAAUGCCAACCGGAGCAGCAGCAGUCCCUCGACUUCCACGAAGGCCUCUUCGAACAAUACCGACGCCAGCAACAGUCAGGCCCAGGGGGCCCAUCACAGUCCAGAAACGACCGACGAGAACCGUGAUAGCAAGUCCGAUUGCGAGUGUUCGGACGACGAGAUUAUAGCAUCGUUCAGCGAGCUCCGAACCGAUACUAGUGUACGCGCCAAAGCUACGGCCGAGCCGAGCUCUUCCGAUAAGCCUAAGAAAGAGGAGCCAAUUCUUCCAACCGCACCCGAUGCUUCCUCCCAGUCAAGUUUCGAGGAGUUGGGCGCCAUCGGCGGCAUUUCCGACGAAAGCAAGGCCACCACGGACACCAACAGCAGCCACCUGGAUCAGUGGCAGGUGCUGGUCGUCAAUCGGGUCGAGGUCCAUGAUGAGGAGACACCGACUCCGAGUGCUCCCGAGGAGGAGAUCCUGGAGGUAACGCUUCGUAAUAAGCCAGAUGAGAAUGCGGAAAUCACCGAGACCGUGAGCAUUGAGCAGCGUCCGGCCGAUUCCAAUCCUCUGUCUAAUCCCGCCGUGCCGCAACGCACGAAGAAAGUAACGCGACGACGUUCCGAUGGCUACUUGAAUCGCCGCCACCAUUCUAGCGAUGAAGAUUCUCCGAUAGCGACGACUGGACUUAGCCUGGGGCUGUCCACGCUCCCCGAACAGCCGGAGGCGAGUCUGCAUGUGCACGGCCAUCGGCAUAGUUGCCAGCGUUGUGGCAAGAACAAGACAAACAUACGCCGACAUGUGGAAAAGAUGCGACGCCACCUGGAGAACGCGCAGAUGUCGGAGGAGGACAUAAAACGGGAGCUUCAGGAAUUUCUCACAUACCUCGAACAGCGCACCAAAUCCUUGGAUGCAUCUGAGGCCGAUAGUCAUGCCGUUUCGCCACUAAGUGUGGAUGGAAUUAGCGUGGCAGCUGGCGGAAGGUCACCAGAUAUGCCUAUUACGCCGACCAUUGAAUUCUCGCCGACACAGGACGAUGACAUUCGCUGGGACGAUGACGAGGGCAUCCAUGUGUAUGCCGCUCCCUCUGACUUUGAGCCUAAUGCUUGCAUUGAUUCACGGUUUGUAAACUUGGAAGACUUUGAGGAUUUAAAAGACUUGGAGGCAUUAAAUGUUAAACAGCUCAAGGAGGUGCUUAUGCUGCACCGCGUUGACUACAAAGGCUGCUGUGAGAAACAGGAGCUGUUGGACCGCGUCUGCAGGCUCUGGAAGACCAUGCGCUCUACUCCAGCUGUGGAGAAACUUGGCACUGAUGAGCUGUGCAAGAUUUGCAUGGAUGCGCCCAUUGAGUGCGUCUUCCUCGAAUGCGGCCACAUGGCCACCUGCACCAGUUGCGGAAAAGUGCUAAACGAGUGCCCAAUUUGCCGACAAUAUAUUGUACGUGUUGUAAGAUUCUUUAGAGCAUAAUGGAUACGGUUAAGGACAAGGUGAUUGGAC